UAAAAUCAUUAAUCACGUGUAUCCGGUGAAUUAUAUAGAGCAGUAUAAUUAGCGACAUUUUAACUGGUUCUGGUUGCAUGAUAUAGCAGUAUGUCAAAAUUAGCAGACCAGUUGUUGGGAUUGGAUGUGGAGAUCGCCCACAUGUUCCGUGAUUUCCGGUUGUUUCAUUCAAGAAAGAGAAUUCAGACCACUCUUCAACCUCAAAGGAAUCAAAGCCUUCUCAUCUUCCAAAAUUAUAGGAAGCAGUUUUGAUCAUGUCCCUUUGCUUAUUUUAUCUCUUGUCUUCUUAUUUCUUUUGGGCCUCAGCCUCGCAAACGUCUACUUACCUCCUCCUUUGCACUUUCCUACUUUCUGUAAAUAACUUGUCUUUUUCUGUAUAUAUAAUAAUAAACAAAGAAAAGCUACGUCUUAAUUAGUAUUAUUGUCUUUCUGCAAUCUCAUUAAUUAGUUGUGUGAUAUUUGGAGGAAGAUCAAAGCUUGUUUUCUUUUUAUCUUAGGAUUUGUUACCUAUAAUUUCUGGGUCCGAUAUCCAGGAAGACCCCCACGUCUUUUUAUGGGAUUUUGGGUGUUAGUGAUCCAUUUUCAAGCUCUAACCCUCUUUCUUGGAAGGAGAAGCCGUCAAUUUCUUCUCAUUCAUCAACUUGUAUUCUAUCCUUGAUCACCUGUCUCUUUAUAGAACAUUGUAUAAUAAGUAGAAGCAGAAGAAGAAGAAGAAGAAGAAAGAAGAAAAAAUGAUGUAUGGAAGCAUUGGGAGCCCGAGCAAGAGAGGGCUGGCAUUAGGAUAUGAUGCCCAGAUAUGUAUAUUGAGGCCAAGCAUGCAUGCAAGAAGGGCAAAUAUGACAGUGAGAUUCCAGGAUUUGUAUGGUUUCAUAGUGGAAGGAAAUGUGGACGAUGUCAAAGUGUUGAAUGAGGUGAGAGAGAGGAUGAGGCAACAGGGGAGGGUGUGGUGGGCUUUGGAGGCCAACAAAGGUGCCAAUUGGUAUUUGAAGAUUCGUUUCUCAUCCACCCUUCAGUCUUCCCUCAAAAUCUCUGCAUUGGUGGAUGCCAUCACUCUCAAGAGGCUCAUCAAGAAAGGCAUCCCUCUUCAUUUGAGGCCCAAGGUGUGGUUUUCUUUAUCUGGAGCAGCCAAGAAGAAAUCCACCGUCCCCGACAGCUAUUACAAUGAUUUGAUCAGUGCUGUGGAGGACAAGGUCACCUCUGCAACCAGGCAGAUUGAUCAUGACCUCCCUCGAACUUUCCCUGGCCACCCAUGGUUGGACACUGCGGAGGGACAUGCUGCUUUAAGGCGUGUACUUGUUGGGUAUUCUUUUAGAGAUUCUGAUGUUGGUUAUUGUCAGGGUUUAAAUUAUGUUGCAGCAUUGCUGUUGCUUGUCAUGAAAACCGAGGAAGAUGCUUUCUGGAUGCUUGCUGUGCUCUUAGAAGAUGUGUUAGUUAAUGAUUGUUACACGAAUAACUUGUCUGGAUGCCACGUUGAUCAGAGAGUAUUCAAAGAUCUGCUAACCAAAAAGUGUUGGAGGAUAGCUGCUCAUUUGGACGCUUUGGAGUUUGAUGUUUCUCUUGUAUGCACGGAGUGGUUUCUGUGCCUCUUCUCCAAGAGUUUGCCUUCGGAGACGACCCUGCGCGUGUGGGACAUUCUUUUCUGCGAAGGGGCAAAUGUUCUGUUUAAUGUAGCAUUAGCAAUAUUUAAGAUGAAUGAAGAAAAACUGCUAUUGACACAUCACGUUGGUGACGUAAUUAAUGUUAUACAGAGAAGUACACAUCACCUCUUUGAUCCCGAUGAACUAUUGACGGUAGCCUUUAACAAGAUAGGGAACAUGACAACCACCACUAUAUUGAAGCAAAGGAAAAAGCAGGCACCCGCGGUGAUGGCCGAGCUCCACCAGAGGUUAAAACGACUAAGUUCCGGGGCAGGUACUGAUGAGAAAUAAUUCACUUUUGUGGAAAAACAUAAGAUAUAUAUAUAUAUAUACAUAUAUACGUAUAUAGGAAAAUAUAGACAUCUUCUAGAUGUGCAACAUUAUCAUUUUCAUAGCUCGACAAGAACAAAAUAGAUUGUUGGAUUCAAGUAGUAUAGAUGUAUAUGUAAAUUUAAAGUUGUGGAGAUGCAUCUUUACUUGGGCGACAAUUGAAUCCCAGCAAUUCACCACUUGUAUUAUUCCAGAAAUGAGAAUGAAAGUUCAAUUGCUCUUUCAGUUAAAAUUGUCUUUCACAAGAAAUUCGCGUUCAGCCUUCGACUUAACCCCACCAGGGGUGUUUAAUGUAUAUCAUAGAAGCAGAGCAUAUACAAGCAGAAUGAAGCAUUUUCGUGUACAGGCACAACAUUUACAAUACUCACAACCAGGUAUGGAUCACUUAGCAUGCAUACCCGACGCCACUGUAAUUGCAAACGCUUGCAGCGUUCUUAGAAGAAGAUGAUGAUGAUGAUGAUGAUAUACUGAUAUUGAUGGGGGUAAAUGGUGAAUACAACAAAAACAAUCAAUCAAGAGAAUACAACGAAACCUUCAUCAGCACAUAUCAUGUUUUAUUACAUCCUCUUGUAAAGCAUCGGAGCAUAAUCAUAUACAUCGCAAGCCUUUCAAACAGGGUGGAAUAGGAGAUACUACUGAUGCAAGGAAAUUGAGGGCAAAGAAUAGCGCUAUUGAGUAAUUAAUAAAGAAAAUGAAGUGGAUGUGAUGAUGAUGAUGAUAAAUUUAAAUUAA